AUGAAGAUCAUUCCAUUGAUUCUCAUUGCCUUCAUCAUACUAUUGUCUUCAUUUCCGGCUCCGAUUAAAGUAGCCAGCAGGGGUGCGGCUGGGGGUGGUGGGCGUGGGGGUAGGCGUGGGGGUGGGUAUGCGCGUGGGCGUGGUGCCGCACCUGCGGUCAUUCCCAAGAAGCAAUUGCCACAAGAAUGCAAAGAAGAGGUUAGAGAUUGCAUCUAUGGGUUUAUACACGGAGGCGUGACGUACCAGCUUGAAUACGGCGCACCAUGUUGUGUUAAACUUAGUAAAUCAUUACCAUGCUUGUGUAAAUUCCUUAAGUCCAAUGAUUCUAAGGAAAGCAGAGCUGCAAAUGCUGUACUUCGUUCUUGUCGUAUUGAUACAACCAAAUGUUCAACGAUGCCAAUGCCUCAAGCAUGCAAACCUGAAGUUAGACAUUGCGUCGCUUCACAUAUAUACGGAGGCCUAGGGGCACCUCCACACCGCGGAGAAUGUUGUAAGAAAUUUGAGAACUCAAAAAGCUGUGUCUGUACAUUAAUUAACUCUAAGGAUCCUCACGUAAGCAGACAUGCUGGAGGUGUCAUUCGAGGUUGUCAAUUUAAGGUGCCCAAUUGUUAGGCGCUGAUUGAUUCAUUAUCUAUAUAAUAGUUAAAAUAAAAUAA